AUGAUGGGGAAACUUGAGCAUCGACCAGAUAAUGCUUUUGCCAAUGUUCGGAGUACUCUCAUUGUCAUCGCCAUCGUCUCUUUUCCCUUCAACCUGACCGGCAUCUUUAUCGCAAAUGGCCAGACUGCUUCGAUCAACCAGCUAGUAGCUCUGAGCAGCUCUGGCCUAUCAUCUCUUAUGUUGCUCUAUUGGUACAGGCGAUAUCCAGCAUGGCCAGUAUCCACCGCUGGCGUGAAAGUUAUCAUCACCGAUCUUUUCUUCGCAAUAUAUCUCACAGUGAUAUACUUCACUAUGCUCCUCGUUGACAGGUUCGUGAGCCAGCAUGUGGUCUGUGUGUAUGGCAAUCUUGCAUGCCUUGUCUCAGGUCUUUUCCAUACAUACGCGGUCUUACGGGCUGCUAUGGUCAGAUACAAGGCUUAUUUGGCCCGCGUGGGUCGGCCGAAGAUUGUCGCCUUCUGUCCUGCCUGCUCCUGCUCGUCGAAGUAUCAGAUCACGGAUGGAGAUCAGGAGACGGGUGUGACUGUUCUCCCGAUGUCGUCAGAACUCAUCGAUACCGAGAGUGAUCCUCUCAUGGGUGGUGAUCGUGCUCCGUUCCGAGCUUCCGAGGAUACUGCGGUCAGUCUUGGGAGUCGGUUUACUGUCAAGACAUUUACUGGGUCUUUGGCAGAAGACCCGUCGAAGUGA